GCGGACGGGGUCGACUGUGGAGGGCGCCGAGGGCGUUCGCGGCUUGCUCGGCGGCCCUGCUCUUGGCUUCCGGGCCUUACGCCUUUGCUUCGGGAGUCUUUGUCGGUGGCUAUCGCUUCAGCCUUCCCCGUGUGGGCUCGAGUCGGGUUGCACUGCUGUGAUCCAUCACCUUCUCCUAAAGAUGCAUCCUGACUUAUCUCCACACUUGCACACUGAAGAAUGCAACAUCUUGAUUAACUUGCUUAAGGAAUGUCACAAAAAU